AUGUUUUCUCUUCCAAUUGAGGUUCAGCUUGAUAUAUUAAAAUGUCUUGAUUUCGACCAAUUAUUCUCUGUUAAACAAACCAAUUUUUACAUGCGCAGUUUAAUUAAUAAAUAUGAGGGAACAAUGGCACGAAAAAAUUUCCAUAGCCUCUUAAUAAUUAAUGAAAAUGAAAGGAACGGUUUUCUUGACUACAUUGAACUUAAAUCUGGAUUUUUUGAAUUUACCUGGGAUGAUCAAAUUAAAGAGAAGUGGCAAGCAGCGAUAAACAAAUCAAUUCCGUUGUUUUUACAUGAGUCUGAAUCUGUAAAAAACUUAUUUGUUUCAAGUCCUCAUAUGGUGUGCCAAAAACGUUAUUAUUUAAAACUGCCAACAAUUCCAAAAAAUAUUGAGGAAAUGAUUUAUGUUCGUUGCUGGUUAGAACAACUUUUUAAGUGCGCUUUCAAAUCUGUUUAUUUUUCUGAAUGUAUAUUCAAUCGAGAAAUGAUCAACAUUUUAUUCGAUAACGACAAAACACAUUCUCUUAAAUUUCAAAUUCGUCAAGCGUUUCUAUGGCCUAGCAAUACAACAUUUGAAAUUCUCUUAAACUUUUCUGUACAUCAUCUAUCAAAUUUUGAAGCUCUUAGCAUGAGUUUGGAUAAAAUUGACAUUACAGAACAACAUAUUAAUAUUUUAUUCAAAAUUUUAAUAAAUGAAGGAAACAAACUUCCAAAGAUUUAUUUAAGAGGAUUCAAAUCAACAAAGCUUUAUGAUCUCAUUAUAGAAGUAAAUUGA